UCGAACGUAGAGUAUCCGGCUUCUGCGGCGCGGGUUCCUUUCGCGGCGCCUGCGGACCGAAGGGAGAUCCGUGCUCGGAAGUUCUCUGCUGGGUCGGACCUGGUUCACCUCAUGGCUGGGAGAGGCGGAAGAGGAAGGGGCCGGGGGGGCGGCCACAUGACCUUCAAUGUCGAGGCAGUGGGCAUUGGAAAGGGGGAGGCGUUGCCCCCUCCCACUCUGAAGCCAUCCCCUCUCUUCCCUCCACUGGAAUACAAACCACUUUUGCUGCAGUCUGGCGAGGAGGUUGAAUACAUGCUGGCCCUGAAGCAGGAGCUGAGGGGGGCCAUGAAGAACUUGCCAUAUUUCAUCAAGCCUUUGGCCCCCAAAAAAGAUAUCGAGCGCUAUUCCGACAAAUAUCAGACAACAGGCCCAACAGACAACACCAUGGAGUGGAACCCAGAUUGGAAACAGCUACCUCCAGAACUAAAAAUUCGGGUGCAGAAGACUCGAAAACAAAGGCGGGCAGUGCCAGCUCCCAAGCACAAACCGAAGGCGCCUGCAGAAAAGGAAGAAGCCAUUAAAAAGCUGGAGACUCUGGAAAAGAAAGAGGAAGAGGUGACAUCGGAAGAGGAAGAGGAGAAGGAAGAGGGUGAAGAAGGCAAGGAGGAAGAGGAGGAGGGGUAUGAUGAAGAAGAGUUUGAAGAGGAGACGGACUACAUCAUGUCCUAUUUUGACAACGGAGAAGACUUUGGCGGCGACAGUGAUGACAAUAUGGACGAAGCCGUCUACUGAAGCCGUCGGCUUAAACCACUUACAGAUAGUUCUUGACCUAGGAACACGAUGGGGACUGGAACUGCCAUUGCCAAACAAAGCGGCCUUUAAGUGAGUCGCGCCCAAUUUUACAAUCUUUUUUGCUGUGGUUGUUAAGCGAAUCUAGGACACUACAGACCAAUACCUGGGAAGAUCCUGGAAAAGGUCAUCAAGCAAUAGAUCUGAGAACAUGCAAGCAAAGUUAUAACCAGAAGCCAACAUGGGUUUGUCAAAAACAGCUCCUGCCAAUCAAAUCUGAUUGCAUUCUUUGUCAAAGUGGACCAGAGAAAUGCUGUGGACAUAGUAUACUUGGACUUCCGUAAGGCAUUUGACAAAGUAGGCCACAACCUACUUCUUGAUAAGCUAAAAAAAAAUCUGGGAUAAACUGAAUCACCACCAGAUGGAUUCCUAUCUGGCUGAACAACCGAACUCAAACGUGCAGUCCUUAAUAGAGCUACAUCUACAUCAGGGGUUCUCAACCUUGGCAACUUUAAGACUUGUGGACUUCAACUCCCAGAAUUCCUCAGCCAGCAAAGCUGGCUUAAAGUCUUAAAGUUGCCAAGGUUGAGAACCCCUGAUCUACAUGAGGGGAAAUUGAGUCGACUCUUGGCUGGUCUGUGUUCUGUCUUGAAGUUUGGUAGUGAUCCCUUGGCCAUUGACCUUGAAAGUUGUCCAGAAGUUGGAGCAACCAGGCUGUUAAAUGGGUCUACAAGGUUUCUCUCUCUCUCCCUGAAGGUCUGUACUUGUUUCCAUGAAGACCAAAUUCCUGAGCAUAAGUUAAAUGUUGGUGUUGCCCUUCAAAGCCCCAAAUAGCCCGACCAUGUAAGGACAUACUUCUCCAGUUACAGGCCUGAUAAGAAUGGCAGAAGAUCCCUUUGAAGCUGCCCAGGAGUUCUCCUUCUGGUAUGCAGGAGAGGACUUCCCCUUGCGUUCCUCCUGAGAUAGCAGAUCUCAAGAAUGUCAUCUCCAGGAAGGAAUGGACGUUCUCUACAUCACCCUGGAGGUUGAAACAUCUGGGAAGGAGAUUCAGAUGAGAUACGAGGAGGAAUUGCCCAAGGUCGAAUUGCUGUCCAUCGGUGAAAUAGGGUGGCUUCAUGAAUAGUCUGUUGGCUUCACCGGAAGUCUUCCAAUGGAGGCUGGAUCUGGCUGACAUGCUUUAGUGGAAGUUGUGGGACUUGUAACACUCUUAGAUUAGGAGAGGAGAUUUGGGUCACUCACUUCUCCUACCUCCUUAUUUUGUACCUCUAAAGCAGUCAUUUAAAGCUUUGGAGUAAUGGAGAGAUUUGAGCAGUGUCUCUCAACCGUAGCCUCUUUAAGAUAGAUGG